UUUUGAAAAUAUUUUUUAUCGACUAAACAGUAAUUCAGCCAAAACAGAAUCUUGUGACUUGAGUAUAAACAAACAAAAGUAAAGUCGAAGUCAAGAACUCUUGCCACUGUUUGUGCAACUCGCAGCGAUCCAAGAAUGCAUGAUAACGACGUUCCUUCGACGUAUCCCGCGGCUCCGAGAUUCAAUUGCGACGUGUUCUUGAGUUUCAACGGCAAGGACACGAGCCGCAGCUUAAUCAAGCAUCUAUGCGAUUCAUUAACGGAGCACGGCGUCCGGUUCGUCCUGGAAGACAUCGGGAUUAGUGACGGAGGCGAGAUCGAUUUAAGUUUGAGAGAGGCCAUUGAAGACUCGGCCGCUUCAAUCGUAAUUAUUUCUCCAAGUUAUGCUAAUUCUUGUUGCCGCCUUGAGGCUCUUUCUAGAAUCUGCGAGUUGCGGAGACGGGUGCUACCUGUAUUUCACCGAGUGAACCCUUCUCAUGUUAGAAGGCAAGAAGGUCCUUUUGAAGAUGAUUUCAGGAAUUAUUUGGAGAGGUUUGGAGAGGAUAAGGUUUCGAAAUGGAGAAGAGCGAUGAAGAAAGUUGGUGGCCUUUCAGGCUUCGUUAUUGACAAUAGCAGGUUUUUCUUUUCCUUUUAUUUUUUUAUUCACUAUAGCAAUUUGGUUGAAUAUCUUGUUGAUGAGUUUUAUGAGGUUAAAGUGCUGGAUUCUGCAAAUGCCUUGCAACUUUUUAGUUAUCAUUCGCUAAGAAGAGAAAAACCUAUUGAUGGCUAUGAAGAUCUGUCUAAGCAAAUUGUCUCUCUCACUGGAGGACUACCUUUGGCUUUGGAAGUGUUUGGUUCUUAUUUGUUCCAUAUGAGGAGGAUAGAAGAAUGGGAAAAUGCCCUGAAAAAGUUGCAACAUAUUCGACCAUAUAACCUUCAAGAUGUACUCAGGAUAAGUUUCGAUGGUCUAGAUGAAGAAGAAAAGCACGUAUUCCUUGACAUUGCAUGUUUUUUUGUUAACAUUGGAAUGAAGAGAGAAGAAGCAGUUGACAUAUUAAAGGGUUGUGGUUUUAAUGCUGAAGCAGCAAUAACUGUUCUAACAGCAAAAUCUCUCAUUAAGGAUACUGAAGAUUAUUCAUUGUGGAUGCAUGACCAACUUAGAGACAUGCAUGGACGGCAAAUGUUUCAAAAGAAAUAUGCAAAGAGAAUCUUUGUGUCUUCUUACAUGGAGAGAGACAAAAAGACAAGAAGUUCAAAACCAAAACUCAGUACUGAAUUCUUCGAAUCAAUGGUUAAUCUGAGACUGCUUCAAAUCAAUCGUGCAACAUUGGAAGGGAAGUUUAAAUGUAUCCCUGCAGAGCUGAAGUGGCUUCAAUGGAGAGGAUGUCCUUUGAAAUAUCUCCCUUAUGAUUAUUGCCCCCGUAAACUUACUGUUCUCGAUCUCUCAGAGAGUGGAAUUGAACGAGUAUGGGUUUGGGGUAGCAACAAGGUGGCUGAGAACUUGGUGGUGAUGAAUCUUCAGGGUUGCUACAGUCUAGUGGCUGUUUCUGAUUUAUCUGGGUGUAAAUCCUUGGAAAAGCUGAAUCUUGAGCAUUGCGGUCAGUUGACUAAGAUUGACAAAUCAGUGGGGAAGUUGAAGACAUUGCUUCACUUGAAUUUGAGAGGAUGCUCAAAUAUUGUUGAAUUUCCAAGUGAUUUCUCUGGUCUGAAACAACUGAAGACCCUCAUUCUCUCUGACUGUGCAAAAUUGAAAGAAUUGCCAUAUGACAUAGGCAGCAUGAACUCCUUAAAACAGCUUCUUGCUGAUGGAACUGCUAUAUCAAAGCUUCCUGAAUCUAUUUAUCAGCUUACAAAACUUGAGAAGCUUAAUCUGAAUGGUUGUCAGUUUAUAAAACAGUUGCCAAAAUGCUUAGGCAACCUGAAUUCUCUGAAAGACCUCUCUCUCAAUCAAUCUGCAUUGGAAGAACUACCAGAUUCCAUCAGAUCUUUGUUGAAUCUUGAGAAACUAAGUUUGAUGUGGUGUAAAUCACUUACCAGAAUUCCUGAGUCUAUUAGCAAUCUCCAGUCACUAACAAAACUCCUAAUUGACAAUAGUGGAAUCAAAGAAUUACAUACUUCAAUUGGUUCGCUGUGUUAUUUGAAAGUCCUAUCAGCUGGAGGGUGUAGUUCACUGACCAACUUGCCUGAUUCAAUUGAAGGGCUAGCUUCUAUUAGCGAACUUCAGUUAGAUAGUACAUCAAUAACGGGUCUGCCACAUCAGAUUGGUACUUUGAAAAUGAUUGAGAACCUUUCCAUGAGAAAGUGUAUGUCUCUUAGGUAUUUACCAGAAGCAAUUGGGAACAUGUUGAGUCUUACUGCUUUAAACUUGUUUGGUGCUAAUAUAGUUGAGUUGCCUGAAUCUUUUGGGAUGUUGGAGAAUCUUAUAAGGUUGAAAUUAGAUGAGUGUAAAGAGCUCCAGAAACUGCCUGCCUCAAUAGGAAACUUAAAGUCUUUGCGUAGUUUGUUCAUGCAGAAAACUGCUGUGACAGAACUACCUGAAAAUUUUGGGAUGGAAAGACUUAGCAUGUUAAAUUUAAAUGGCUUAUCAAUAUUGAAAAUGGGAAAAAGUCCACACUCUCAACCACUGAACACCGCCUCUCUUUUUCCAGAGUCAUUGUCAAAUCUCUCCUUAAUUGAAGUACUGGAUGCUUGUGCCUGGAAAUUCUCUGGUGAAAUUCCAGAUGAAUUUGGGAAGAUAUCAUCGUUGCGAGAAUUGAAUCUGAGCCACAAUGACUUCUGUAGUCUUCCAUCUAGUCUAAGAGGCCUUUCAGUUCUCGAAGAUCUAAGCUUGUCUCACUGCAAACAGCUCAAGUCUCUUCCUUUGCUUCCUUCAAGUGUGCUCAAGUUAAAUGUUGCAUAUUGUACUGCACUGGAAGGUGUUUGCAAUCUGGAAAACUUAGUGAGUUUACAAGAUCUUGACCUAACAAAUUGCAGUAGAAUAAUUGAUAUCCAAGGCCUUGAAUGCUUGAAGUGUCUGAGGAGGUUAUACUUGACUGGCUGCAUUGCAUGUUCUCCGGCAAUCAAGCGAAGACUUGCUAAGGUUGCUUUGAAACGCUUGUUCAAUUUGAGCAUUCCAGGAAGAGCACUUCCUGAUUGGUUUGUUCAGGAAAUUCCCAGAUUCUCAACGCCUAGAAACCUAGACCUCAAAGGCAUAAUUAUAGGUAUUGUUCUUUCCCUUGACCAACAAUCAAGGGAUGACUUUAGAGAUAAGCUACCAGCUAUAGUAGACAUUCAAGCAAAGAUCUUCAGACUUAAGGACCCAAUAUUUACCAAAACACUUAAUUUAAGGGGAGUUCCUAACACAAAUGAGGAUCAACUUUACUUGUGUCGGUUUCUGGAGUUCCAACCGCUGGUCUUUAUGCUGAAUGAAGGUGAUAGAAUACAGAUAACUGUACGAGAGAGACCCUAUUUUAAUGGGGUUAGAUUGAAGAAGUAUGGAAUAUAUUUGAUUUUUGAAAAUGAUGAUGAUGAUGAUGAUGAUGAAGAGUUACUAGAUGAAUCUCAGCGGUCUGUAUCAUGGAAACUGGCCAAAUUUAUUGGAUCCUUGGAAUGAAUAUUAGAAUUUAUAACUCUUUAACUUUUUUCUAUUUCAUAGCUUAUUGAUCUGUGGCUUGAUAAAAUGAUACUUUUAAUCUGCUCAAAGCGUUUUUUAAUAAAAUGUGGAGAUUUAUAUGUCCGUUUA